AAAAAGCAUGGCUGUCAAAGAUGUAAAUCAAGUAUGAAUGACUUAAGCCUGUGUUGUAAUAUAGUAAAAUGUAAUGUACCGUUAAAUAAUUUAUCCUGGGUAACAAGAUGUAUGCAUGUAUUUUGUCCAGGCCAUGGGCAAGCAUAUUUUUCUAAUCCUUCUCCACAGAUAAGCUGUCCUAUUUGCAGUGAAAUUAACCUGAAAGAAGUUGACAUAUUGCAAUGUGAAAUAAACCCUUCUGAUAUUAUUCUUGUUGGCAUUUCUCCAGAAAAGGCAAUCCAAUUAGCAGCUAAAUCCAUGAAAUUAUGGUGGUAUCAAAUACAACAACAACAAAGUUUGUAUAAUUCAAAAUUAAAUAAAUUAGCCGAGAAAAAUGGUGACAUGAAGCAUAACUAUAGUCUUAUGAUAGCGAAAAUUAAGCAUAAAUAUGAGGUUGACUUAAAUGCUAUGAAAACAAAUGAACAUAACUUGCUAAAAAAACUUGAAGAUAUAAAUUUCAAAUUAGAAACAACAAAGAAAGAAUUGCUUAAAUACAAGAAAGCUUAUUGUCAGAAUCGUGAAAGCCGAGAUGUUCACUCAAGUCCUGUAGCUCCGAAUUGGCUUAGUACUGAAGUUUUUCAUACUACUAAAAAUAGGAAGAAGCAUAAGAAUGCACCUGAUAGAAGUGAACAUCAAUUCAACUUUUUCUAAUAAGCAUUCAUCAUUGAAAGUGAUUGAUUUAUGUGUUUAUAUUAUAGUAUUUAAAUCAAAAGAUAUUUGAAGUUGAUUGAUUAUUGCUGAUGUUCUCAAUAAAACUGUAUGUAAAUAUAUUAUAAUAGCAAUAUGACACACAGCUUAUUUAUUUAUAUUAUAAUUAUAACAAUAACAAGAUAUUUAAUCAUAA